GCAGCGUACCGAACAUGUGACCCACCGAACCGGAAGACAACCACCCAGAGAGAGCAGAGGCUGGUAGCGGAGAGAUGGCAGCCGCGGCUGUGGCUGAGUUUCAGAGAGCUCGGUCUCUUAUCGGAACUGACCGGAACGCUUCCAUCGAUAUCUUACACUCUAUAGUAAAACGGGACAUCCAGGACAGCGAUGAGGAGGCGGUGCGGGUUAAGGAACAGAGCAUCUUGGAGUUGGGUGGGCUGCUGGCGAAGACUGGACAAGCAGCAGAGCUCGGAGGCCUCCUGAAGUAUGUGCGCCCUUUCCUCAACUCCAUCUCCAAGGCCAAAGCAGCCCGGCUGGUCCGCUCCCUGCUGGACUUGUUCCUGGACAUGGAGGCAGCCACAGGUCAGGAGGUGGAGCUCUGUCUGGAGUGCAUCGAGUGGGCCAAGGCUGAGAAGAGGACGUUCCUCCGACAGGCGCUCGAGCCAGGGAUCAUUCACGCAGCAGAGGAGAAAGACUGGAAGACGGCGUACUCAUACUUUUACGAGGCCUUUGAGGGCUACGACUCCAUCGACAGUCCCAGAGCCAUCACCGCACUCAAAUACAUGCUGCUCUGCAAAAUCAUGCUCAAUGCCCCAGAAGACGUCCAGGCCCUCAUCAGUGGAAAACUUGCUCUGCGAUACGCAGGCAGACAGACAGACUCCCUGAAAUGUGUGGCACAAGCCAGUAAGAACCGGUCGCUCGCAGACUUUGAACAGGCGCUAACGGAGUACAAAGCGGAGCUGAGGAAUGACCCCAUCAUCAGCAUCCACCUGACCAAGCUGUACGACAACCUGCUGGAGCAGAACCUCAUCCGCGUCAUCGAGCCCUUCUCCAGGGUGCAGAUUACACACAUCUCCUCGCUCAUCAAGCUCCCUAAGAGAGACGUAGAGAGGAAACUAUCUCAGAUGAUUCUGGAUCAAAAGUUUCAUGGUAUUCUGGACCAAGGCGAAGGCGUGCUGAUCGUGUUCAACGAGCCGGUGGUGGACAAGACGUACGAAGCGGCUCUGGAGACCAUUCAGAACAUGAGCAAAGUGGUCGACUCGCUCUACAACAAAGCAAAGAAACUCACAUAAGAGAGAGUGAGAGCGUCUGUCCUCCUGUCGGAAGGGAUUUGGGCCAGUCAGAUCUCCUUCGUUCUCCCACCUCGAUCUGGAAGGGACGGAGGAGGGGGGACAGGGAGAUUACUAACAUUCAACCCAGUGAGCAAACCAACCUGUUGUCCAGAUAAAGACGAACCACCCCCACCCCAACACAGAAGAAGAAUGGAACGGGGUCACUCCUCUAUCAGCCCUCUGUUCUCCCUGCUUCUUCUCUCUGUCUCUUCCUCCUUUGGGGUUGAUCAGGGCACACAGUGCUCCUCCUAGUGGACCAAUCGCAGCACUGCGUUUUUUUUGUUGUUUUUUUUUUUCUCCUCUCCUCCCAUGGCUGGUUUCUACUCAAUGUAAAAUUGGACAAACUUCACUUUUCCUUUUUUGUUUUUUUGUUUUGUUUUGUUUUUUUUCCCUUCCAGUUUCUGUCUGUGCUGGCCAUCAGGGAAUCUUGUAAAAUAACAGUAGAGGAUAAAUAUACAGUACUUAUACAUACAUCUAUGAUAAACAAUGCUAAAAGUAAAAAAAAAAAAAAAAAGGUGUUCCGUUUGUUCUGAGAGCGGGAGAAAUGGCGCUUGGUUUGUCUGUAUGUCUUUAUUUGCCAGCCGGCGCUGAAACUGAAUGUUUGCAUUUUUCUAUAGUUGUGGAACACCAACUACAGGCCAACAGAUAAAUCUCUGAAUCUGCAGGGCAUCAGACCCCCACCACCUCUUCCGCUGUCACUCGUUCUUUCACAUGGAAUAGUGGGAUUGUGGGAAACACGGGGAACUUCUCUCCUGUCCACUCAAGACCACGGAACUUCCUCCCCCUCCCCAUGUACUACCACUACCUGUUUGUAUAUAAAAUUUCCAAUUUCCAAGCGCGUCUGUUCAUUCAAGGCUGGAUAUGUCCACUCCGCCCACCCUUACCUUUUUGUUUUUUUUUUUAUAUAUAAUGUGUAAGAACAGAAUAAACCUUGCCUCUGAAACCUUGGAUGCUCCCUCAAAGAACUUUUCUGGUUCUGAGGGGUAAGUUGGCUUUGCUGGAGAAAAUUGAGCUGUAAAUUUUUUGGGAACUGAAUUUUGCAAAGACUUAUGGGUUCACCUUGUAUGAAUUAGAGAAAGACAAAUGCUAAUAAAAAAAAAAAAAGAAACCGA